AUGCUCAUAUACCCCUUCCCAUUCUUGUAUACCAAUGACUUCAUCAACGGCGCAUCGAAUCUCCCUCGCCACGUCUGGACAGAUGCCCAGCCGCUCGAUGGGAAGGUCGGCAUGGAACCGGAUGUGAUCAUGCGCUCUUUAUGGGUUCAUGGAAGCUACAUGAAAGCGCUGGACCAGGAUGUCCUCCUUGGGGCUUUGGAUCUGCAAGAUGCCUUGUUGGGGCCAACAAAGAACUUCAAUCCUCGGCAGCAAGGGAACCGCGUCCCACCGGUCAAUGCUUCGACCGAUCUCACGCCGAGCGAGCGCGACAUGUUCCAUGUGGUCAACGGCCUGACGAACCAGUCAUGGUUCUUCCACUCCCCGCUACAGUAUUGGUCGUGUGACGCUGAGAGGAUAUCCAGCGAUGGCGAUAUAGUCUCUACAGUAAACGCCCGGAAGACGACACCAACCUCGGUCAACGUCACCCUUCGGCAUUCCAUCGUGUUCAGUGGCAAGCGAUUUGAGGACCGUGCUCUGGUCGCGGCCGACGCCCUGGUGAUCACCCUGCUUCAUCUGCGAGACUCGCCCGUGGGUCGGUUAUGGGAACGGCGGGCGGAAGAUCUUGCCCAGCAAAUGGCCGACAAGUGGACAGUGAUCCCUAGUGACGGCCACAUCGUGCAGAGCCAGCUCUACGAGUUCCAGUUCCGCCCCAUAUCGGUCCAAGACUCGAUCCUGCUGACCGUGGCCUAUGCUUUGACCGCAAUGUACUUCAUGCUCAGCUUGUCUAAGCUGCGUGCCAUGAAGUCCAAGCCAGGCCUCAUCCUGACGGUCAUGUCGCAGAUAUUCGCAUCCAUCAUGUCAAGCUUCACCGUGUGCGCGAUCUUCAAGAUCGACCUCUCCCGAAUACCUAGGGCGGCUUACCCUUUAGUUGUCUUGACCAUGAGUCUCGAAAAUAUGUUUCGCCUGAUCAAUGCCGUCCUCGUCACGCCGGCAGAAGACAGUACGAGCAGUCGGAUCGGACAAGCAUUUGGGCACACGUGCCACGUCGCUAUCGCGAGCGUUGCGCAGAACCUCUUGAUCCUCUGGGGGCUAUCAAAGGCCGUGUCUCCCGGUGUCGCUGCGUUCUGCACCUUUGCAGCAAUCGCGAUCGUCUUUGAUUUCUUCUAUCUAUCCACGUUCUUCCUGUCCGUGCUGAGCGUCGAAGUUCGUAGAACGGAGUUGAGCGAGGCCCUGGAAAAGUCUUCGCGACACAAAAUGACGAGAUCCGACCCCUUGCCGCGUCAAACCUGGGCGGAAGCGAUCUAUCGGGGCAACAUCGGGCUCUCGACAAGAAUAGCAGGCACCAUUGUCAUGUCGGGCUUCAUUUUGAUCGCGCAAUGGCAUUUCUUGGAUAAUGCUUCCAUCUACCGCGCCGUCGGCGGAUUGUUUUACAACACAGUGACGAAUAAUACCGCGGCGGCAGCCUCGCCGCUGACAGCAGUUCAUCAAGCUCGAAGCCCAACGUCGUGGCUCCGUCUCCAAGAUCACGAGACUGCCAAGGAGGUCAUUCAGGUCGUGAAGCCCUCGGCCCACAGCUACGUCGCCCGUGUCUACGAGCCUCUAGUUUUCGUCCUCAAAGGGUCGGACCGCAUGCCCUCUGUCACUGAGCGGGCCCUCCUUCCUGCUGUGUACGACUUUGCAAAUCACCAAUUGGUGCGGCUCCUAGUGACGGUGUUGGUCAUCGUGGCGGCUGUGCGGCUCUUCAUGAACUACUUGCUCUGGGACGACAUGAAAGACUCCAAAGCGAACGAGGAAGACCUGGAGGAUGGGCCUCUGAUGUCAAUCAAGUCGCUCAACAGAGGCCAUGCCCUGGAUAUUGUCAUGUUGGCGGCGACUCCCGACGGCCAGUUCGUGUCUGUUGGCCUCGACCGCCGCAUACGUGUCUGGAGACUCAAUGCGGAGUUCAAAAGCUACGCGUUGAGGGACCCAGAAAACCCUAUCGAUAUCCCGUUUCCCGUCCACGCGCUGGCCAUCGAUGACGAUUCGACGUGGCUGGCAGUGCUGUCAUCAUACGAAGUUGUUCUCUGGAACCUCGUAGAGCGUCGCCGGGGACCGUCCAUGGCGUUAGAUCUCUACGGCCAGAAACCAGAGGCAUUCUUUUUCAAUGGCCACGCUAAGGAAGACAGCUUGCCGUCCCUAAUCAUUGUUAGGCGCGAUGGUAACUUGAUGGAGCUACGGCCGGACAGCGAAGACAGGCAUGAUACGAAUAUCUGUCGCCAGCCAUUGGUCUGCGCAAUUCCAUUCAGUCAUUCUUCUAAUAAAGCCAAUACUUCCGCAUUGUCGGUCCUAGCAGCAACAAGGAAGGGCAAUGUCUACAAGGUGACUCAGCAACAGGGCAGAUGGGUCUCAGAAGAGGUUGCUUUGUCUGCUGAAGGUCUUCAAGCCGAGGAGAAGGAGGUCAGCUCGCUCGUUCCUCUUCCCGGUUUCUCGGCCUAUUUGGUGGUUCGGUCACGCUCAGUCGAGCUAGUGAGCUUUGCCACGGCGAGAAUUCUGCACAUCUUCCGCACACAGUGCAUACAGGCUCGGUCACUGAGGGUCCUGCUCCCGCCCAAGCGACAAACGCAGUCAGGCUCGUCGGGGAUUGCGUCCAUGACGCUAGCUUACACAAACUCUGAUACGGGCGACUGUGUUCUCCAGACGUAUCUGCCUCCACAGGAAGGUGGAACGAUAUGCUUUUGCUCUUCCGAGUCUGCGAACAAGCAGUGCUGCCACUGGAGCGAUACUAGAGAGAUCAUAAAGCAGGUGGAAGCUCCCGGCCUGUGGGUGCCGUUGCAGAGUGGCUGCGUUGUUGGCGUGAGAAAAGUGGUUGAGAAGCAAGUCAAUGGCAGCUCGGAGCCGCGGUCACCAGAAAACGGGAUGCGACACCGGGGCGCGCACGCUGCGAAGCCGCAGACGCGGUGUUUCGACACGUGGGAAACGUGGUCCAUGACACAGCUCUACGGCCAAGGAGACUACGAGACCACGCCCCUCGCCGGCGAGGACUCGCAGCAUCUCAUCAUAUCCGAUCUGGGACCGAUGAUUAGCGUCGGCAGCUCGACGGUCGCUCUGGGCCUGGGGAACAUCAUCAAGCUCAUCAGCAUAGGGCACAGCCGGUUCGGCACUUCUGCCAAGAUGAUGGACUCGGACAGCUCGAUGAGCCUGGGCUCGAGGCGGAGACGGAAUAGAGUCGCGUCGAGAGGUUGA